UGGACCAGGAGCACCUACUGGAAGUAAUCCUACAUCAAAUAGUGGAUCAAGAGCAUCAUCUUCAUUAAGCAUAUCAAACUCUUCUAAACAUGACUUAUUAAUAUCUAGUACUAGUUCAAAUCAAUCAAUCUUGUCAAAUGAUAAUGAUAAUAAUUCGCAGUCCUGGGACAACUUAUUUAAUAGAGCUUUUAUGCUAUUGCAUCAUUCUAUAUUGGAUCAAGAAAAAGAUAUUCUACAGUUAGAAAAGGAGGUAAAAAAACAGAGAGAGGAGUUGAAAAUGCAAAAUGAGUCGAUACAAAAGCAAAAUGAGUCGAUACAAAAGCAAAAUGAAUCUAUAGAGAUGCUUAAAAAGCUACAAGAAUGUUUAAUAGAGCAAAAUGAAAGGUUGAGAACACAAAAUGAAGAAUUGAAAACACAAAAUAAGAAUUAA